UUUUUUUUCUGUAGGCUUCUUCACAGUAACGCAAUCAAAACUAUUGAAAGCAAGGCUUUUGAUGGACUUGUAGUGGAGCAGUUGUGAGUAAAUUUACGAAUUGACUGAUUCCCUUUAAAGCUCUGAAAAGAAGACAAAUUUUAUGAGCUGAACGUUUUCUUGUUUCUUGGGUCGGUUUUAGAAGAAAAGAACAAACAUAUUUAAAAAUAACCCCACCCGCUAUUUCUGACCGCUGAUAUCGGGAGCUUUUACAAUGUCUAUCAAAUCGUUUCUUGUGUAAUGAGUACAUAUUUUAUUUUCAGAACCAUAUUUGAUAAUCCUUUCAGCUCAUUACCAGAUGGAAUUUUCGACAAAAUGACAAACCAUACCAAAGUGUAAGUCAAGCCGUAUGGCUUAAACACACGUCAUAUAGUAUUUAACCAGAAACUGAAGUUAGUAGUAGACUUCGAGAUUAUACUCACUCCAAGAUGUACUUUGUAUAUUCUCCAGCUAACCUGGAAACUACCAACAGCUAAAUUCUAUAAGUUAUCAUAAUCAUUUUCAAACACACCUAAGAACACGAGACAAAAUGACGUAUAUUUACCAAAAGGCGUGAACACCCUAAAAGCAGAAAAAACCUAUUAGUAUUAUUAUCAUCUUUAUCAUCAUUUUUAUCGUCGUCGUCGUUGACAUAUUCAUCAUUAUCGUUACAGUUAUUGUGUUGUAGCUUUAUUGGUAUAGCCUAUCUCGGGUCGGUUUUCGUACCCUCAGUACUUCUCACUUCGAGUAAUUUGAGGGGAGGAGGGGAAUUAUCGGGUAAUGGUCUGUCACCCAAUCCGAACGAAGAAGCAAAACCUCAAGUCACUCAAAGCUAUGGAAACCUAAGUUUGUUUUGGUGACGUGGGCCUUUUGACUAAUUACUAAUUACCAUCAUUCUCAUAAUGAUCACGUUGUCUUUUACAUCCAAUCAGUUUCGAUUCAACUUAUUCAUAAUCAAGUUGUUUACAGGUCAUUGACGUGUAAAAAUCUUCGUCAGCUACCUCGGGGAAAAUAUGUGUCACAGAUGUAAGUACGCCUUUUUUUUUUUUUUAAUAAUUUUUUUUCUUAUACACCCUAUAAAAUCAGCUUCAACAUUUUCCAUUGAUCUACACUAUCGAUUAAGCGGCUUCUUUGACUUAAAAAAUUUUAAUAUGUGUAGUUAUUAAAAGUUAGCCGUAGCAUAAAAUAAAGCCUUUCUUGGUAUAGUCAUGAUACACUGCAAGUCCCAAAAAUUGCUCAAGUGUCGUCUCUGCAAGACAACGUCGUCCAGUGCUAAUUCCCCCCUGGCCUCUGUUGCGCCAAAUUUAUGACAUGAAUCUAAAAUAUGAUGAAUGUGGCAAUUUUUUAAAGCUCACAUUUCGUAGAGCGCUUUUAACUAUUAGCACUUACCAGAGAUGAUCUCAAGGUUAGAGCGAAUUCGGUCCUGCGCUUCACUGGGUUUAAACCUACCUCAAAAUCCAAUGUGAGCUUACGGGUUAAUUGUCAUCUCAUUUCCAGGUCUCUCUUCUUAUGGGGGAACUAAAACUUUUUUUCCAAGCGAGUAUUUGAUUUAUUUUUAUUAUCCAAUUCUUAGUGAGUGUGCUCCCUCGACAUCUCUGUACUUUAUUUUGGACAACGAGCUAAGUAACUUCAGAUUUGGCUUUUCACGCUCAGGUUUUGUCUGCCACGACUGUGCAACUUAUAAAAAACAAACUUUAUCAAAUAUUUGUAAAAACUGCAGUCUCUGUCCAGUUGGUACCUACAUGUAUACUGAUGAAAACCGCUGUGUAGAUUGUCCUGCAGGUAAUGAGAAUGAACACCUAUUUCAUCGUUAAUCAUGGUAAAAAAUUAUAUAAAUGACAACAUAUGAGCGCUGUCUCUUCAAAGUAUCCAACAGCGCUUUAUAUCAUAAUACUGAAAGUUAUUUGAUAAAAUUAUGAAGAAUAGGAUAUAAAUUAAAAAUAUAUUUCAAGGAAAGGUCUAAGCCACUUAAUUCAACUUUACACUAUGUCAAAUAAAAAUUCGUUUAAAAAUAAGGGCCUUAGGCUUAAAUUUAAACGCCCUAACGACUUGCUCCUCCUCAUAACCCAUGGAAGAGGAUUCCAUAAUACUGGUGCAUUAUAUGAAUAAAGCUAUUUGACCACACAACCGAAGAUUGUAUAUUGGUGUUACAAGUAAACUUUAAAAGAGGAUUGCAAGGUUCUUAAAGCUCCUGUGAGUAAAUAGGAGCCGUAUCAUUUGACGAUUUGAAAGUUAAAAGUAGAGUUUUAUAAUCGCUCUGCUCGGCCGCUGGAAGCAAAUGUAUCUUUCUAAACUUUCUCAAUAUUAUAACCAAAAGCAGGCAACAAGAAUAACUUAAAGAUUGCACAAACAAUAACAUUUAUAAAAAUGUUUCUCCUAUGUAAUUGUGUUUAACGAUGAAUAUCUCCCAACUCACCCGUGGAGCUGAAUCUUUGUUUUAUGAUAUGAUAUCUUCACAGGUGGCUUUUAUCAGGAUGAAAUGGGACAAGUUGAAUAUAAGAGAUGCAGUAAUGGUACCUUUGUUUCUGAACAGCAAAGUCCUGGAACCACAGCUGCCGACUGCGUGGCUUGUCCAUAUGGUAAGUACAGUGUUCGCUUUGGGCAAACUUCACCUUUUUCGAUUAAAAUAAGCUCUGGGUGACACUGAGUUUUAAUGAAAGAACUGUCACAACGACGUCUUUAACACAUAGCAGUCAUUGUCAUCAAUUUUGGUUCUCACAUUAUCUACACAGAACAAAGUCAACUGGAGUGGACUAUCAGAAACUCUUUUUAGACAACAGAAAGAUGAACACAGAUUACUCGCUUAAUUUUAGUUGUUGAUGUUGCUAUUUAUUUUAAGCGAAAUCCAGAGAUAUCUCGUUCUAAAGUAUAUCCCUUUAAUUCACUAGUGAAAUCUUAUUUCUUGGUUGACUCAGAGAAUGAAUUCGUGAACAAGCCUUUUGACGCAUGCUUUAUUAUUAUUGCUAAGAAAGGAAAAAUUCCUUCCCAGGUACGAUCUCCAACGAGACUGCUGAAUAUCGUGCAUGCAGAUGCCUACACAACUUCUAUCGGUUAGAUCGUUUUGGCCCGUGCUCAGCAUGUCCGCCAAACGGUUUUGUUUGUAAGAAAGAUACAGCAAUACUUGCUCCUGACUACUUCUGGAAAUGGACAGACCAUUCUGAAAAAGAACGUUUCAGGGGUUUUGUUAACAAUAUUCAUUCUUUUGGACCAGACUACAACAAGUCAUAUACCACGUUCGAUACUUCACUUCCGAAGCCACUCAAAUGUCCCCAUGCAAAGUCCUGCAAGGGUGGAAUUGACUCAGAAUGCCAUCAAGGAUAUCAAGGGACUUUGUGUGCAACCUGCUCUGAAGGAUUCUAUUUUCGCUUCAACUCUUGUUUGAAAUGUCCCCGGUUACCUGUAACAAUAACUUCAUCCAUCUUGGUAAUUGCUCUUUUUGUUGCUGUAUUUCUAAUGGUUCUGUGGGGUGACUCCAAACGUGCAGAGGACAACCGGACAGUUGCAGAUGUUAUCAUGUCGUGCUUUAAGAUUGUGAUUGGUUUUUACCAAGUUAUUGCCGGUAUUUUCUCGGCAUUGGCGAAAGUCCAGUGGCCAGUCAUUCUGAUCUCAACGGAGAAGGUUCUAAAACUGUUUGAAGGGAACAUCUUGCAGUUUGCCCCUCUAAGUUGCAUUCAUACUUCUCUACGGCUUGAUGAGCUUGGAAAGUUCACGAUGAUUGUUGUUAUGAAUGUCUCACUCGUUGGCUUGAUUUUCUUGUAUCUCUUUCUUAAAAAGCGCUACAUCAUGAAUAAGGAGGACCUUGGCGAAGACCAGAAAGUAAUGGAAGUUAAGAGUCUGAAGAAAUCUUGCUAUCGGAACAUUUUCCUAUUGUUGUCGGCGACCUACCCUACGACGAGCAAAUCGAUUAUUCAGAUUAUACCUCUUCCUGGUGCAUGUGUAGAGACUUGUUUCACAGACGACAAGAGCGACUGCAUCUUCCUGCUGAGAGCUGAUCACUCCGUCCAGUGUUUCACUCCUCGCCACAGCUUGUAUUGGCUCAUGGCUUCAAUUUUGGCAUUAUAUCCCGUGGGAUUUCCACUUCUGGCUCUGUUUCUCACUUACAAGUAUCGCGAGUCCCAGGAAAACGAAGCGAUUUCUUUCGGACUCAGAGUGUUCUUUGAAAACUAUAAGAAGAAAUUUUGGUUUUGGGAAAUUACCGAGAUGUAUCGCAAGCUGAUUCUAGUCUCGUUGAUUUUUCUGUUUGGAUCAAAGAGCCUCUCUCAAAUCGGUCUUACACUUCUGACAGUUAGUGUCUUUGGAGUUACCUACACCUUAUUCCGACCGAUCAAGAAUAGGUUUGAAGACUGCUUGCAAACUUUUGUUCUUUGGAUCAUUUUCUUUGACGUUUGUCUUGGUGCUGUUUACACAAACUGGGAUGAGAGUCAAGGAGAGGGCAAGAACGACUCCAUCUUUGUAAAUGUCCUGUUCGUGGUCCUUAACGCCUCUGUACUGUUGGUUGCCAUUGGUAAGUCACCAUGCUGCUCUAUUUUAUUCAAUGUGCAUUUUAUUCAUUUGCCAAAUAAAAAAAGGAAAGAUAGCGUGGAUUGUGGUGGUUUUCUCAAUUCCUCAGAUUUUUCGUUUUCCGCGCAGUGAAAGGAUAAAAUCAUAAAGUAGCCAUAUCCUGGUUAUUUAGGAUAUUUGACUCUGCAUAACACUGGCUCACACAACUGUAACCUUAAAACAGAUCGCGAUGUUCAGUCAAUUCUUCUCUCAGCUUAACUCUUACUGUAAGUGGAACUUUUAGACCUUGUUAUCCUGACAGCUGAGUUAUUUUCGCUAUUCAUGUCCUGUAGUGUUCCAACAUUAGAAAACUGCGAGUUACAGAUGGAGUAUGAUGAAUAUUGAGAUCCUAGAAAGAAAUCCAAACCACUGUGCUAACGAAAUGUCAACACCCAUUCUCAAAACGCUUCUUAGCUAGAGCGAAAACAAAGACAAAUUUCCGAAAAAAGGGACACCUUACCUUUUUUAACGCCUUCGUGCAAGAUUUCAAUUACAUCUAUAAACGAUAAACUCUGUCUUUUUUUUCUACCUUACAGGAAAAGGAAUUCGACACGUGAAGUCAAUUUGGAAGUACAUUACCUUCAACCCGAUCCGAUGUUUCAUUUUCCUUUGCGAAGGAGUAUCCCGUAGAGUGGUCAAAAGAACAGGAACAUCCGAUGAACUUGCAUACUUCAUUGAAGAAAGCAACUGA